AUGUCAGACUUUACAAAAAUCGGGAAGACGACCAACGAUGAGCAGGACUGGGAUGUUAUUGUUGUCGGCUCUGGCCACAACGGACUCACUGCUGCAGCCUAUCUAGCAAUGGCUGGAAAACGCGUCCUCGUGCUUGAGCGCCAACAUUACCCCGGCGGCGGCGUCGCUAGUCUUGAAAUGGCUGAGCCAGAUUUCAACAGCGAAAGGCACAGUGCCAUCCACAGUCUAAUUCAGGCCAACCCCAUGCUCACGAACGAUGAGCUUGGACUAUUUUCGCGCUUCGGGCUGCGGUACCGUGAGCUGGACCCUACUUAUGCCAUUAUUUUCGAGGAAGGCUCUCUUCUCUUGUACCGAGACAGAAAGAGGACGAUGGAAGAGAUUAGCAAGAUCUCCCCAGAGGAUUCUGCCAACUACGAUCGUCUUAUGACGAUCUCUGUGGCUAUUACGAAGCUGCUUAUGCCAAGUAUGUUUGAGCCGCCUGCCGACGUGUCAGCCACUGUUGCCGCCAGCCCUUACGCUGCCGUAAUCUCCGAAGCUGCUGCUAGCAGCACACUCGACAUUAUGAAAAAAUACUUCAAGAAUGAAACCAUCACAGUUGCUAUACUGCGCUAUAUCACUGAGAUUCAGGUUGCUCACCCUACCACCAAGGGGACAGGCUUGAUGGCAUACCUCGGCAUCGGUAUUCUCGAACUGUACGGCCAAUGGGUGCCCGAAGGUGGGGGCUCUGCCUUCACCCAAUCUGUUAUCGACUGCAUUACAACCUAUGGGGGUGAAGUGCGUCUGAGCACCGAAGUCACCCGGAUAAUCACGAAAGAUGGUCGAGCUGUAGGGGUUGGCACUCGUCGAGGCCAAUUGCGUGCCAGGGAAGCUGUUGUGGCUAUGAUCCAUCCCCACAACCUCGGCCGCAUGGUGAAAGGCCUAGAUCCACAGCUUGUCGCAGAUGCGGAGAAGACAAGAAUCAGCGAAUUCACACUUUUCGUGAUCCACGCUGCUUUGGAGGCUCCGCUUGACUUCAAGGCAGGCGGUGCAGCAAAUCGCACAAUCAUGAACACAGUUUGCCCAAAUAGUGUGGAUGAGCUAAUCAAAAGCUACGACUCUAUGGCACGGGGGGAGCUCCCUGAAAAUAUCAUGAUCGGCGCGUCAACUGUGUCUCUUGGUGACCCCACGCGAGCUCCAACAGGAAAGGCUUUGCUCCACGCCGUGACCAUGGUGCGACCCAACUUGCCCGGAAAGGAGCUUAUCGCCUGGGACGACGUGAAGGAAGAGUACGUGCAAAGAAUCUUUACGUAUCUGACCCGCUUUGUCAAGAACCUGACUCCUGAUCUAAUUCGGGCUUAUGAGGUGGUAACACCGGCGGACCACAUGAACGAUAGUCCCAGUUUCCAUAUGGGUGAUAUUUGCGGGCUUAAUAUGGCUGGUGACCAGAUGGGGUUGAAUCGACCAACGCCAGCUUUGGCUCAAUACCGGGUUCCUGGGGUUCAGGGUCUUUAUCUUUGCGGCCCCUUCAUGCACCCUGGUGGAGGCGUCUGGGGCGGUGGUCGUCCGGUGGCCAAGCGCGUUAUGGAAGAUUUGGGCAUUGAGUUCGAUGCGCACUUUGUCAGGACUUCACGCCUCUAA